AUGCAGUUCAAGGCCAUCGUCCUCUCUACCGUUCUCGGCCUGGUUGCCGCCCAGUCUUCUGACGUCGCCUCCCUCGUCACCGAGCUGCCGUCCUGCAGUCUGACCUGUCUCCUCGCUGGAGCCAGCGCCGCUGACUGCGAGUCCAUGGACUACGCCUGCCAGUGCGGCAAGCAGGAUGUCAUCGUCGCCAACGCCACGUCUUGCUUGACGAGCUCGUGCAACACCAAUGAUAUUGCCAAAACCCAAACCGUGUCUCAGCAGAUCUGCGACGCUGUCACGGGCGGCAACAGCAGCACUUCCGCCUCAGCCUCUGGGAGCACUGCCUCGGCUACUGGUUCCAGCGCCUCCUCGUCUGCCUCUGCUUCCUCUACUGGCGCCGCCGGGUCCAGUGCUGGCUCUCGUCCCGAGCUUUACGGCCUCGGUAUGGCUGCUAUCGCCGGCAUUGCUGGUCUCAUGGUCAUGUAA